CGAAUACAUUAAAAAAUGAAGUGCCUAGCACACUUUCAGAUUUCAGAUUUAAAACACAAGUGUUUACAAAAGAUAAAAAUAAAACUAGGUAUAUAAAGGCAUUUAUUAGAUAUCGAUAUUGAAAUCUAUUUAAGAUGACCUCGAUGGCAGCUUUUUAUGUUUUGUUGGCAAUUUUUGCCGCUAUUAAAGCAGAACCUAGUCCCGAAAUAAUUCCAUACCCUGGCGGAAUCAAUGGUACAGGCAUCACAACCAGAUACUGGGACUGCUGCAAGCCAGCCUGCUCCUGGACCGACAACAUCCAGACCCCUUCAGGUAUCCCGAUAACAUCCUGCGAAGUUGACGGAAAAACACCAGCUAAACCAACAGAAUUUUCAGGCUGCGGCACAGGUGGUACAGCUUACAGCUGCACGAACCAGGCACCCUUCGUUGUAAACUCCACGUUGUCGUAUGGAUUUGCAGCUGCUUCAUUUACAGGAGGUUUGGACUUCAGUUUGUGCUGCUCCUGCAUGCUCCUCAGCUUCCAAGGAGACCUCCAAGGCAAACAAUUCCUCGUCCAAAUCACCAACGCAGGAGACACUCUCCAAGAUAACCAGUUUGACUUGGGAAUUCCCGGAGGUGGUGUUGGAAUCUUCCCGUUGGGUUGUAUGACCCAAUGGGGUGCUUCCGAAGAAGGUUGGGGUGAUCCUUACGGUGGCGUUCACACCAUCGAGGAAUGCGACGAGCUUCCUGCAGAUUUGCAGAGCGGAUGUAGAUGGAGGUUCGAAUUUAUGGAGGGCGUUUCAAAUCCUGAUGUUACAUUCUAUCAAGUCAAAUGCCCCAAGGAGCUCGUUGAUAUCUCUGGUUGUGAGUUGUAAAUAAAGUAGUUUUAA